GCUCAUUUACAUUGGUUAAGGUUUCAAUACAUCCAAUAAGCAACCCAUUGACAUCCAGGAAGUAGUCCUGCACCAAUCCGAAAGUAGCCGUAGUGAUUUGGCCCCACCCAUGGUCCAAACUCUGCUGUCAGUAGUUGUUAAAGUGACUACUGGAAACUGUGGUAAGGGAUUUGCGAAAACGACAACUUGACCAAUUGGACAAAGUAACGCGGACACAGUGAUUGAACUAUGCAGACCGUGAACAGGACACUGUUUGUACGAGACACGCAGUAGAAAUGUAGCAUCGCAGAAAUGUAAAGUGCAGACAGGUUGGGACUGACUGGACGUCGGGAAUUAACUUAAGAAACUUUGGUGGAAACCUUGUUAUGGUGGCGUAUUGGUCGUCUGUCGAAAAACAAGUUAAAGUUAGACUCGGGGGAACUUUUACAACUCAUAUUGUUGCAUAAACAACAUUAUAAAGUGAACGUGGUGGAUUAUGUCAGCAUCAACAGCCGAGGCUAGCUCAUCCCAGCAGCGGGUUAAACAAAGCGGCUCCCCGACAGCCCCCUGCCCCUCCUGUAGCAACAACACCGCCGCGGUCCGGUUGCAGCCUAUCCGCGCCACGGUGCCGUACCAGCUUCUGCGUGGAAAUCAGCACAGCCCAACCCGCUCCGUUUCCUCCUCCUUCUCAGUAGCCGGGAGCAACACAGGUCCAACGACGUCCCGUUGCUCCAGUCCCGCCAACCCGGGUGGAAGCGGCUCGGACGGUAGGCUGGUCCCCAGGCAGAGGCUUUCACCGCCGGACAGCAGGAGCUCACCAGAACGCCCACCACUCUCGCCUCUAUCCAAAGUUGAAAGGACAAAACCCCAGCAGGUGUGGGGCUCAGGGGCUAUUUGGCAGACUUCAUCCUUGGGCACUAUCACUGGGCCCUACCUCACCGGGCAGUGGCCUCGUGACCCCCAUGUGCGCUACCCAUCUUGUAUGAAAGAUAAAUCCACACAGACUCCUGGAUGUUGGAGUGAGGAAACAGGAGAGAAGAGGAGCACCCACCAGCGUUCUGCAUCCUGGGGCAGCGCCGACCAGCUCAAAGAGCAGAUCGCGAAGCUCCGGCAGCAGCUCCAGCGCAGUAAACAAGGAGGACGGCACAGUAAAGACAAGGACCGGCUGUCCCCCCUCCAAUACAACCCCAUCACCUACACCGCCUUCACCAGCACCACCAACCACACUUCGACAACCAGCCACGUUCAGCGGUUUUCCAUGUCGAAGUCGGCCCAGAUGCCGCUGUCCAACAUCACAGUGCCAAAGCCCUCCAUCUCCAGGGUGCCCAGCAGCAUGGAGGGCAUCAACCACGAGCUGGAGAAGGUCUUCAUCAAAGACAACGGAGAGAAGGAGGAGCUUAAAUCCCUGGAGGUUCCCGAUGGGCGGCGGGCACCCUUCCCUCCCCAGCAGCGCAGCAGCAGCACCCGCAGCGUGGACACCCAGACUCCCUCAGCCCCCGGUCGGUCCAGCAGCUGCUCCAGCCUGUCACCCUGCCCAUCCCCCGCCUGCCCACCAGGAUCACACGACGGCAGUCCUUACUCCACGGAGGACCUACUGUACGACCGGGAUAAAGACAGCGGAAGCAGCUCACCCCUGCCCAAGUUUGCCUCCUCGCCCAAACCCAACAACAGUUACAUGUUCAAGCGAGAGCCGCCAGAGGGCUGUGAGAAGAUUAAAGCUUUUGAGGAGAUGAGCUCCAGGCAGUCCACGUCGGCGUCGGUCCCCCUCUUCUCCUGCCCCGACAAAAACAAGGUCAACUUCAUCCCGACGGGCUCGGCCUUCUGCCCUGUCAAACUCCCCGGCUCCCUGCACCUCACCCCGGCCUUGGAGCCUGAGGAGGAUGAGGAUAUCGCAGAGGUGGGCUCCGUCUCAGAGCCCCAGGGGGCCACAUCACUCUAUGGCGCCCCCACUCAGGUCUCCACGAGCACCAGCACAGAAGACCCCCCGGAGGAGCCUGACUCACCCUCAGAGACUGCAGACCCCCAGACAGACAGCCCCGCCAUCAGCUAGACCUGAGCAGAGCUGGCCUCUGGCUCCGGAUUCCACGCUAGCGACCACCGACCAUCACCACUGACUGUCCCACCAACACCUCCCUCUGCUCUGCCAGGGGAGCCUCCGUCUCUCUGUGCUGACCCCCUCCACCCCACCCUAUUUCUGCAUGACGUAGCAACAAUGUCCCGAAUAACCACCACCGCCACCACAAAGACUCGCCACCUUAAUGUUCUGUCCUGCGUAAUGUCUGAGCUGUUGUUGGCAGGGAAGGACCUGAUGGUUAAAGGUUAUCAUAUGCAGGCAUUGGAGGGAAGGAUGGGGGGAGGGGCAUGCAUUUUAAACUGGUAGUAUAUUUCUGAUUAAAUUAUGUGUUGUGUUCUGUUUCAACAUUCACAGUAUGAAUAAGCUCUCUAAACAUAUAUAUAUAUACACAUAUAUCUCUAUGAAAAAGAAAAAUGCUUGUGUUAAAAAAAAAAAAAAAAAAAAUCCCAAACUGUGUAUUGCUGUGUUAUGUACUGGACAGGAAAAACAGCUGUACUAUUCAGGAUUAUGUUUACACUAUCCAGGUCACAUUGUUAAACCCUCUCUAAAAAACAAAUGCAAUGAGAGAACAAUUCGGCAAAGAGAAAAAAAAAAUGGCCUCAAAUUGGUUGCACAGUGUCUGCAUCUGGCCUCGCUUCAGGUAUUUCACAAUCAGAGUCUAUACUCAGGUAAUUGGAAUGUAUGUCCAUACAAAUAUCUGCAGCUUGACAAAGCAGAACAGAUUCACUGUCAGUUAUUCCAGUUUUUUUUUUCUCAUUCCCAAGCGAAUCAUUCCUUUCUGUUCCAGAGUCCGGUCUGAGACUAGACUCAGACGAUAGCUAGCUGCAGAGGGUAAAGGGUGGAAAUAGCAGGCAUCCCCUCGUGGUUGCCUUCUCUGACUGCUGGUGGAAUACUGUACGGACCACACACACUGUGACCGAUGGCAUUAAUGGCAAUUAAUGUGUGUGUUGAUGGAAGAAUGCCAGACAGAGACUUGGACGACAUUCAGUGGUCGUCCCUUAUUUAAGCCUGAAGACAAUUUGUGAUUGGCUCUCCUGAGCCUGUUGACAGCGGACCACAAGUGGACUGCAGAACCGCUACGUGAAGAUACAAUCAAACUGAAGUAUUUGGUUCUGAAUGGGUGCAGGUUGGAGCUGUAGUUGCGCAAACAUUUUUCUGAGCUAGAAAUGAUCUUAUUUGAUAAGUUAAACCUCAGUUUUCUUAGCCAAAGAAGCAGUUUUACUGUGCAGCUUUACCUGAUCCAGACUAGAGCCUGAGCGAUACUUUAUUUCCCACCAUCCAUAUUUAGCUAUAUUUGUGAGCUGGAAAACAAAAGCAUAUAUAUUGGCUGAUGAUCAGUUUUUAGCACAAACACAAACAUUAUGGACAGGAAUCCCUUUAAAUUGGAUUAUGGAAGAAUUCUGAUCAAGAGUAUUAGGAAUGUACGAUAUGGAUUUUUUUCUGCCGAUAUGAUUAAUAUAAUAAUAAUAAUAAUACAUAAUUCCUUAAUUACCUUCUCAUUGCCAAACCAGUAACGUAAAAAAAAAUCAUAACCUUUAGUUGGAUCAGAGCUCAUUUAUUUUUUUCUAGUGAAGUUCAUUAAAAACUUAAAAAAAACAUACUUUGGCUUUCAUAAUAUAAAGCCUAUCAAUAAUUUUGCAUACCAAAUCGAAAUAAACCGAUAAUUUAUCAACUGAUUGAAUUAACCUGAUAAUUUAUAAUGUAAAUUUUGCCUUAUCAGCCAAUAAUUUAUCUGUCAUGAUAAUUAUCAUGCAUCCCUAAAGAGUAUGACAAGAGGGACAUUUCCCACUUAAAAAAUUUCUUUAAAAAAAAUGCUAAGGAAAGGCAAACGACCCUACUGUCAUUCAUUCUUUCCCCGUCUACAGUGUAAAUCCCCAAAUCUUCCCUCACAUUACUUUACACAUGGUUUGUUGUCAUGAUUAUCUGUUCAGCACAACUCGCCGGUUGCCUGUUUUCCGUUACUGAAGAGAACAGCAAUAGCCAGUUUACUGAGGACAACAGGGCAACAGAUUGCAUUUUAACAAAAGGCACAACCCUCCAGCAACCAGUAUACAGACUAAUUUAACGGCUAGCGGACAAAGAAAGUGGAAUGUUUAGUAGCUAAAAAAAAGUUGGUGGAGACCAAACCAGAGCGAAAGGGAAAGUGAAUAUUGGACAAACAACUGAUGAAUGAAUGCUAACUUUGCUCUGUGUCUGCUGUAUUUGUAAAUAUGUUACAAGUUAGCAGUAACAACUUUAGUAAGGUAAAUAAUAUGUUAAAGCUGCAGUUGGAUUUUUUUAAAUAAUUUUUUGUUAUUAUUUCUGAUAUUUUCAAUGUGUUCUGACAGUAGUACAUGAGACAGAUAAAAUUAAAAAAUCAGGUUCCUCUGGCUCCUCCUAGUGCUCCUGAUGGCAUUUACAAGAAUCCACCGGGCCUGAACGAAAACAACCAAUCGGAUCUGAGAAACCUAGGAGGACACUUUGGGUUGGAAGCUUGAAGAUAGUUGAUUGUUUAGUCUCAUUCCCAGCAUCGAUAUGUGCCAGCUUGGGAAUGAGACUCACCAACCAAUCAACUACCUUUCUUGUGUCUGAUUGGUUGUGUUUGUUCAGGCCCAGUGGAGAGGAACCUGAUUUAGUUUUCACAGAUUAUCUGUCUCAUGUACUACUGUCAGGAUAUAGUGAAAGAUUAAAUCCGAUUUUAAAUUACCUACUGCAGCUUUAACGUUUUCAGCUUGUGCUGCUGCAAGAUGCCAAAAAUCAAUUAAUACACUUAUAAAUCACAAAAGGUGAAGAGCAUUACACAGUAGGACCUUUAAUUCAGCACCAGGGAAGUAUCGUUCGGUACCCAGCCAUAGGCAACAGCGGAUGUAACCACAUGGUUUGCACAAGCUAAAAAUAAAGGCCUAGCCAUACAAGAUGAAUGUUUGUAGAACUCUUACCUCCAACCUGCAUAUCUAAACUUAGACUGUUCUGAUAAUCCAGAUAAUUGCUAUUCCAUUAAAUGCAUUCCAUUAGGUUUUAGAAUCCACGACAUAAAUAGACUCACAAGAUUCAUUCCUAAAAAUAUCUCUUAGCCUUUUGAUUUGAUCGCUGUAAGAGACUAGCUACAGUACUAAGAGUUGUUUGGUUGCAGUAGCGCCUUCAUCUGUUUGAUGCACAGAUAAAAGGAUCACACUGGCCUGCCUCCCUCUCACUGUCUGUCUGUUAUUACUGAGUGUUGUAGGCACCCUGAUGCUACCACCAAGCAACAAAACCUUCUGAACAUCUCAUGUAUUCUGUGCGAAACACCAUCCUUUCUAGGCUAUUAAAUGAGCAUCACCCUGCCCAAGUGUAAAUGAUCCACAACUUUCAUUUGCAAGAGUGAAAUAUAACCCACAUUUGUUUUGAUAUCUGGUGUGCUUGUGGAAUUCCUGCAUUGACGCUCCAUUCAUAUUUUGUAUAUACGUGGCUUUUAAAGAGGCUCAAUGCAAUGUUGUGGUUUCUUAAGACAUUUCAGCACCUUACCAAGAGCUAUGGCUUUCCCAAUGUCCCACAUAUACUUUGGCAUUGGUAAACUAGUUGUGUGCAAUAAUAGAAAAAAAAAAGGUGUUGUCCGUUCUUUGACACAAGCAUCUCAUCUUGCAUUACUUUGGUUUUGAGCAUGGGGGCUGGAUCAGCAAGCAGUUUGUUGCUAAAGCCAUCAACUGAUACAAAACCAGCACUGAGAGUGACCAGAGCACAUCACUGGCAGGUCAGAGUGUUCAUCAACUCACUACAUGAUACUCCUUGUGUAACCUGCAGUGUCAAAGUUCAUGCACAAUGGCAAUAAAAAAAACUAUUGGUUGUUUUGUCCA